UAAAAGCUCAAUCUGUUCGUUUGGGAUUUGAAAAUCCCUGCAAGGGUCAAAAAAGCAAGGUGAUUCUUUGACCACAAGCCUCUCUCUCUCUCUCUCUCUUCAGUCUUCACUUUUUAUAAGCAAUUCUCCCUUGAAACUUGGAGAAUGCCUUGUGUAACUUACUCACCAAGAUACCCACAUUCUUAUUUCUUCUUAUUCUCAUCUUUGUUUUUUUGUUUACUUUUUCUUCAAACCCUAUUUUGAGGCUUUGGGGGGGUUUGGGUAUAUUCUUCUGUUACCAAAAAGAUGAGUGCUUCAAGGUUUGUUAAAUGUGUCACUGUUGGAGAUGGAGCUGUUGGGAAAACUUGUAUGCUCAUCUGUUACACCAGUAACAAGUUCCCUACUGAUUAUAUUCCUACAGUUUUUGAUAACUUCAGUGCUAAUGUGGCUGUGGAUGGGCAUAUUGUCAACUUGGGAUUAUGGGACACUGCUGGUCAAGAAGACUACAGUAGACUUAGACCACUGAGUUAUAGGGGAGCAGACGUUUUUGUUGUGGCUUUCUCGUUAAUCAGCAAGGCUAGUUAUGAGAAUGUUCUUAAAAAGUGGAUGCCAGAACUUAGACGAUUUGCACCUAGUGUUCCUAUUGUUCUAGUUGGCACCAAGUUGGAUCUUCGUGACAAUGGAGCUUAUUUUACGGAUCAUGCAGGAUCAAACACAGUAACAUAUUCUCAGGGAGAAGAGCUUAGGAAACAAAUUGGUGCUGCUGCAUACAUUGAAUGUAGCUCUAAGACUCAACAGAAUGUCAAAGCUGUUUUUGACACUGCAAUCAAGGUUGUUCUACAACCUCCAAGAAGAAUCGAGAUGCCAAGGAAGAGGAGGAACCGAAGGUCUGGUUGCUCAAUUGUGUGCAUUGCGUGUGGUGGCUGUACUGUGUAAACCGUGCUCGUGAUCGGGAACAUCCAUGUUUUAUGCCAAUCUUAUAGCUAGACCUUAUGGUUGCUAGUUCAACAUAAUUUUGUACACUACGAAAUAGGAAUUUGCUCAAUGUACUAGCUGACUGACUGUAGAAGUGAGGAAAGUCCUUUAUUGUGGUACUGCAAAUGUUGUAUUUGAAACGAUGUUUUGGUUGCUUUUGCUGUGAAUGGAAGCUGCACAAAUUCCUGUUGAUGGUUUAAAA